UCUUAUAUAUCAAAAGUCUCUCCUGCUGCUGCCUGUGAGUUUCCCAGGAAAAUAUGGAAGGAGAUGGAAGGAAACGGAAGGUCGAGGAUGAAGAGGAGAGCGAGGAAGAGAAGAUGGAGAAGUUCUUCGCUCUGAUAAGAAGUACCCGAGAAAUGCGGGAUCGUCUGCGAGGCGGAACGAGCGAACCUGAGAGGGAGAACAAAGAAGGCAAGGCAGGCCUAGUCUGGAAGCCGACAUUUGAACCGGGAGACUUCGUCGAUGAUGACAAGUCCAAGUCCAAGUCCAUUAAAGCUCCUGCAGCAGCCGAACCAGAAGGCCCUUCGGAAAGCAGAAAAGAUCAAGAGGAAGACAAGACAGGAACUAACAGCAGAGGAUUCGACCUAAACCUGUCUCUAUGAUAGGUGGAGUACUAAUAGACUCCAGAAAUCCAGAUUAUUUUUUCAUUCGGGUUUGAAGAACAAGAAAUGCAGGACCCGAUGAAACUCGAUAAUCCAUCAUCUGUCAAGAACGUGCAUUGGUGAUUGCACAAAUUAAUGUUGUUUACCCAUUCAGUUCGGUUUUCUUUGUAUUCAGCUUAUUAAUAUGAAAGAUGAUUUAAGCUUACUGCAA